CAGAGCUCUGCCCGACUCCUGUCCCCUCGACAACUCCCACCGACCGAUCGAGCACGGCAGACAUAGCAGGCGAUUGAUUAUUUGAUCGAAGCGAAAAGCCAAUCGAGCGGGGCGCAAGCGACCGAGCAAGAGGAACACAGAACUCUCGAACCCACACGAUUAGCCCAACAUGCCUCAGGAUAUGCCCCCCGCUGGCGGCUACGAUGCCGUUCAGUACAAGCGCAACCUCCCGCCUAGCGCCUUCAAGCCCAAGACCUUGCUUGCCUUUGGUGGUUUGAUCAUGGUUUACGGCUGGUACCAUCUCUUCCACGGUAUCCGUGAGCAAAGAGAACUCGCCCGCGAGAAGAUGUGGUCCCGCAUCCACCUGAUUCCCGCCCUCCAAGCCGAAGAAGACCGUGAUCUUGUCCGUCGCCACUUGGCCGACGUCCAGCGCGAGAAGGAGCUGCUCGGAGACAAGGCCGUCAAGGCUUACCACUCGGACAGAUAUGUCCGUCCUACUUUCGCAAUUACUCCCGGGAAGAUCAUCAAAGAUUAGAUGUCGACCGACUUGGAGGAAGAAGUGCCGAGAAUGUGGGAAUGGUGAUGGGAGGAACACAGGACUCCCCAGCUGGUUGUUGGCGGUUGGCUGUACCUAGAUGAGGUACUUGCCUGGUUCAAAAUGAAGGGAUAAAAUAAACUUAGACGAGAAAGCAAACAGGGUGUUGAGGUAAUGACAGGUUAUGCGGCCUGAGAAUCCGGUUCUUUUGAC